GUUGCAAGAUUGUUGUCUUGGACGGGUGGGGAUAGCGGGCUCAGUUUUCGGAGGACAGUGAUGCUGGCGAUAAUGACCGUUAUGCUUUUGCUGGAGCGGGGGAUAGCUACAACAAUCCCCGGCUGAUAGGGGACAGGGUUUUGCGUGCUCUGACUGCACGUUGCAGGGAGAUCUUCUGAACUUUCCGCAAGGUAAGCUUCGAUGUCGCAGUUCUUAUCAGCUACUCUGUUUUUGCUCGUGUGUAUCAUCUUCUACUGUUUUUUUAUGUUCUCUCCCUCCACUGAUAACGACACUUUGGCUCGACCGAGGCACCAGGGCAGCCGACGAUCCAUUUGGUGUCCGAUUUAGAAAAAAAGUGAUCCAGAUCCGUAGUCCGGUUCCACCAGCUUUUGCUUCACCUGCUUCAUGUGCACUCUUUUCCCUCCCAAUAUGUGUCCGUACAUGUGUGUGUGUGAGUGUGAGUUUUUUUUUAUCUAUUUAUUUGCUUGCUUCCUCUUUCGUAGCGACCGCAGGUAAACCCUUUACGAUUUCAUCGAUCGAUCCAAUCCUGUCAAAGCCGUGUUCGGUUUCCUCUCCCACCGUUCUCGUCCACCCUGGCAUGAAGCUCCUGAAAUAGUUGCGAUGAAAUCCAACCUGCCGCUCGCGCGGUAUACUAAAGGCAACCCGAAACGAUCCCCAGCCCGAUACCAGUUGUGCUUUGCUGCCCUUUUACGUUUACGCGCGAACGACUUUUGUGCGCGUUGCCCUUACCAGCGGCGAGAAAAGAGGAGAAAUGGUGUGUGUGUGUGUGUGUGUGUCCAGUGAAGGUUCGGUGAUGAUAGGGGUUCUCCCCUUGAUACCCUUUCGCUGGUGUCUCGUGUCACCGCUAUUCACGGCCUUUUUGUUGUUCUUGUUGUUGUUACUGUUUUGGGGCCAACCGGAUACAGCCAGCGGUGCCCGGUGGCCGAGCCGCGUCGGUGGCCGCUGGUCGAAAGAGAUCCAGCAAAGGGGAGCAAAGAUGAAGCCCGAGCCUCAUCCGGUCCGCGCGAGUUGACAACGAGUUUGCCGAACUUGGUUUGUUUUGAGCGCUUACUGUGUCACCGUCACUCUGAGGCAAUGGGGCUCUGGGGUCUUGGGGGAGGAAACUUUCAGACGGUCCAAACGGUUUGCGACCGGUAGGUCCACACCCGGAGAUGCGACCUUGCUUUCAACUGCGAUUGCUCUGCGGUGGCAGUAGGGCGCCCUUUUUUUUUUCUUUGCUGUUCGGGAGCUCUGAUACAGAUGCGGUUCCGUUUGGACGAACGGCGAAGAUAGGUGACUAUCGUAUGACCCGUAGAAUGCGCAAGCAUAGAGUAGAGCCGUUGUUUUACAUACAGUGUGUGUAGGAGCUACGUUGACGUCACAUUGUGGCAUUGGAGUUAUCUGAAGCAUUUCCUAUUCCGGACGCGGGUGAAGUCUGACUUGAGAGUUCCCGCCAUUCUUGUGUGUGGCCACGUUCCAGGCCAGUGUUUGGCAAUUUGUCAUCAUCCUGCGUAUUCAAUAUUGCGUCGUUUAAAAAUUUUUUCCUCGCAUACACAUUUUCAGUUGCUUCAUAUGAGUACAGCAAUUAAAAUCUAAUUUUAAAAGAAUUGUUGACAGUGACAAGUAUCAUGGAUGGUUUGGAAGAGUCGAUCUAAGAUUUAAUUCAACAUUGGACGUAAAUCAUAUAAUUAAAAUUGAUUUUAUUAAAAAUCAAACAGUUUUAUCUCAGUUUCAUGGUUUAGAAUUCAUGUAUUGCUUCUAUUCUUCAUAUAUUCCACUGUAUUGGAUCUAUUGCUUGAAAUUAUGAAAUUAAAAAAAAAGUGUGUGUUUAUGUUUAUUUCAUAUCAGGCUUCGAUUGAACAAAAAUAAUUGUUGAAAUCGUUUUCAAUUGUUCGGAUAUUCGGAUAUCACUGCCAAUUGACUAAUUCUAACGGAAAAGUCAAGCACUUCUAAGCGUACGGAAACGAAAUUUGUAUUAUAGAAGAAUGUUAGAGAUGUCUCAUUUUUUGUGGACAUGAAGCACAAGUAACACGUAAAAUUGCUUCUUUGUUUGGUGUAUUAUUUAUUUAAAAAUAAUUUAAAAAUAAAUAAAUUAGUUGAUGAUAUUUAUCCAAAAUUUGCAGUACAUUUUAGCGACAAUAAGAACAAUGAUGUUAACCCCAAAAAUGAACUAAAACAUCAAGUAUCACUACAAAUUUAUUCUACAAGAGAACGAUUGAAAAUCAUCCAUCCUUACCCGUGGAUGAUCUUUUCCAGAAAAGCAACAGUUUUCAAAAUCUUUCCUGAAAGAAAAGGUUCUGCCAAGAUCUUCAACGAUUUGUACAUUUUAGUAUUAGCGCACUUCUUACUGUAAUGCAUCAUAACUAUUUUAAUCUGAAUGUAGCGAACAAUUGAAAUGGUGGUGUGAUAGAAAUUUCAGAAAUUUUGACACUUUUUACAAAAUUUUAUUAACACAAUAGGCCUUAUAACUGGUUGUUGAUUGAUUGAUUGAUUGAUUGAUUGAUUUAUUUACAUUCAUUUGUACAUAAAUCAUAGUUUAGAUGAUGUCUAUUCCAAAUAAAAAUCUGAAUGUAUUAAUUGCAUACUCUGCACACACAAAAAAAGACUCCGAUUCUGUAACGACUGUCGAUCCCUGUUCUAGAUGCUUCUCCGAUGAACUCGUACGACCCAUAUCUGAGCCGCUUAUCGCCUAGUCGCCUCAAGCUGCGCAAGCUUCAGCACGAGAACGAGACGAUCACUUUAUCGUGUGUUUUGUUGUUGUUGCUGUUGUUAUGUUCUACAUACCACUGGAACACGUUGUAACGAGUCAUAACGCGUUCAGUGUUGCGGCUAGCGAAGCUCUUGUGAGUAGCACGGAUUUUUAAGUGUUGAUCUCACCGAUUAAUCAGACAUCCAUCAACCUGUGGCAAGAACAAAUUUACAAUCAGAAAAGAAAUAGUUGCUGUUUCACUUGCUACUAGACAUUGCGUCCUAGAGAACUCUGUUUGCACGUUGAUUAUUGUCGUUCGGUGUAAGUGUUUUGUUGCAUUUUGUGUUCCCAUCGUGAGAGCAUCCCGGUAGUCUAUUGGUACAAAGCGCCGGUAGAGUACAAGACCAGACCAGUGUUCGAUUCCUCUCCAUUCCCUUUGGUGGUUACUCUUUCUCUUAGCCCAUCCGUGUCAAAAAAGAAAGAAAAAGUGUUUUCUAUCCAUCAUUCACAUAUAUUGUAUUAGUCGGAACCAGCGGCCCGAGCGACUACACCAAGGUUCCUACUCAGCACUCCCACACACACACAACCCCAGACGAGUUAGCGGGCGGGACAGUAUGGUUCGUGUGACGCUGCACGCCCGGAGCUGCUGCCUGCUGGUGGCACUGCUGCUGCUCCUCCUCCUGCUCGUCGACGAUGGGGCUGGGCAGAUACCGCGACGACGGCCCCGCAACGACCGCUGCCCGAAGGUCCGGGCGAUGCGUAACUUCGGGCUGAACGCGAUGAUGGGCUCCUGGUACGUGAUACAGUACUUCGCCUCGACCGAGAUGUUCCCGGAGUACGGGUGUAUGCGCAGCUCGUUCGUCACCUCCGAUGGGUACGUGACGAUGAACUUUACGUACGUGUUUUUGGACGACCCGCUCGCCACCUUCCAGCAGGGCAACAUUACCUGGAUCAUACCGAACUACGGCCAGCCGGCGCACUGGGUGCACGCAGAGAGUAGCUAUGAAGAGAUCUACAACACCUACGUGAUUGACACGGACUAUCGGAGCUGGGCCCUCAUCAUGCACUGUGCGGAGAAGACCAAAUCCCAGAAGUACCUCUCGGCGCUGAUGCUUGCCCGUGAGCCUACCCUCGGGCAGAAUGUGAUCAACUUUUUGCGCGAGAAGCUGCCGAGGUACGAUAUAGAUGUCGAGAACAUGUUCCCCAUCCCGCAGACGAACUGUACCAGGAUGGAUCCGAAUGCCUACUACUUCUACCAAACAGCGCCGUAGAGCAGAUAGAAUGCCUGAGGUUUUGAAGAAUGUCUAGAGAUUCUAGGGGUAAUUGUAGUGUAAUUCUUCGAGAUCUGGAGAUAACUAAGAGAGAUCUAGAAAAAAAAGAGAAAGAGAGAGAGAGAUAGAUUGAGAGAGAGAGAGAGAGAGAGAGAGAGAGAGAGAGAGAGGGAGGGUACACAUACUCUGCAGAUCUAGAUGCUGUAGAGGCAGAAAGUAGAGGACAUUCCGGAUUCCCAACCACAUCGCAUCAUAAUAAUAAUUGCGAAUCGUUUAA